AUGCCUACAGAGGGUGCAAUAGACGAUCAUAGCGGGAUAGCUUUAUCUCGAUCGUCACGAAUAGAACAAUUUAUGCAAGGAGCCUCACCAUCACAUAGAUCUUCCUCAUCUGGUGGUCGAGCAUCAUCAACAUCGAGUUUUGAUGGACAAAUAAAUUACCCACAUAUAAGUGGCCUACCGAAUAGAGAACAACAAUCAGCAUUCGUUCCUGUGUUGCCAUCACGAAAUCUCCGACCGGGAUUAUAUCCAUCCAUGCUAGACUCUAUGGAUAGUAGCAAAGAUGGUGGAUCAAAACGUAGUACAAAUUUUGAAAUUAUGGCAAUGAUGGCAGAUAAACGAAAAGAAUUAGCCAUUAGAGAAGCAGCAGCUGUGAUGUUAUUACCAAGAAAUCAAAACAAUGGUAAUUCUACACAACCGUCAUCAAGUAUGUAUCCGCCAUCGUUUUUAUCGUCAGGACCAUCUCCUACGACACCCGGUUCCUUUACAUUCCCACCUACUCACAUUGGAUUAUAUCCGCCUGGUGUAGCACCAGGUUUACAUGCGAAUCUCGAUCGUCGACUGCUAAGAGCACCUGGACGUGCUUCAAGACCAAAAAAGCAAUUUAUUUGCAAAUUUUGUAAUCGACAAUUCACAAAAUCAUAUAAUCUAUUAAUUCAUGAGCGAACUCACACCGACGAACGUCCUUAUUCUUGUGACAUUUGUGGCAAGUCUUUCCGUAGACAGGAUCAUUUAAGAGACCAUCGAUACAUCCAUUCUAAGGAAAAGCCAUUCAAAUGCAGCGAAUGUGGCAAAGGAUUUUGCCAAAGCCGUACAUUGGCUGUGCAUAAAAUUCUUCAUAUGGAAGAAUCACCACACAAAUGUCCAGUUUGUAACCGCAGUUUUAAUCAACGUUCAAAUCUGAAAACACAUUUGUUGACUCAUACAGACCAUAAACCCUAUGAAUGUAGUUGUGGAAAAGUUUUUAGGCGUAAUUGUGACUUGCGUCGCCAUGCACUUACUCAUGCCGUAGGAGAUGUACCAUGUCUGGAGCAUAAUGACGCAAAUAAUGAUGAUAUACAUAAUAUAAGUGAUGGAGAAGAAGAUACAGUAUUAGAAGUAGAUUCACCUCUCAAUUCUCCUCGAGCCGGUGCUAGAUCACCGUCUCCGAUGAAUAUGCCAGUAUCUGCUGAACUUCAAGAAGAAAAUGAUGAACAUGACGGUAUUGAUCCUGAAAAUGAAGAAAUAGAAAUCGAACAACCACCUACACCAGCACCAGAAAAGACAGAAAAAGAUAUAAUGGCAAUAACGCAUUGCCAUCACGAAAGAUCAAGUGGAUCGCAAUCGCCAUACACAAUGCGUCCACAAAAUUAUUAUGACCGUGAGAUACGCUACAGGUCUCCAACACCAGGUGGAUCGAGCAAUCUUCUUUCAUCGCAAUAUUUAUCGCAAUCUCAAGAUUCAUUAAAUUCAGCUCACAUGUAUUCAUCAAAUAGCCGAAGCGAUAUUUUUAUGCCAAUGCUACAUGUUCGUCGUGAUUUGCAUCACAAAUUGAAUCGUUCAUCAUCUACAAUAACAAGUGGCUUAGUCGAUCAUUCUACUCCGAAUUUCUUAAGUUCUAUUCCGCUUCGCAAACGACCUAUUGGAAGUGAUGGCGAGCCAUAUUUGCCAUCCUUAUCACGUAAUAUUGGACUUUAUAACUUGAAUCGAAAUCACCCAUUAUUAAAAUCUACAGAAGAGCUUUUAGUAGCUUCUAGUAUUCCGUCUGAUUCAAGUAAUUCAAAUCAAGAUGCGGGACAUUCUUCAUCCAUGAUGGGCUCUCCACCGAUAAUAUCGCCAUCUCAAGCAUCAUCAACUUCAAGCUCGAUUUCAACCAGUAGCACAUCACAAACCACAACAAUUAAUCUGCAACCAUCGGCUCCUGUUGUUAUUGCAGCUCCACCUAAACGCACAGGUUUUAGUAUAGAAGAUAUCAUGCGUCGAUAA